CCUGAACACAGACAGCCAGUCAGUGAUAAAGCAAAAAGUUUGUCAUUGUAGAGAACAGGAUAACAAAAGUAGAUAAGGCCUGUCGAAAAGAUCUUCUGUGAUUAGACAGAAAUAAAACUUCCUGAAGACUGCACAUCUAUUUAUUAAUUUCUCCUCAACAUGUAAUAAAAAAAAUUUAGCUGCUUCACUGAAAUUUCUGCCAAGAGCUUCUAUCUUGAAAGUCCUAAUGUUCCAUUGUUAACAUGUUGUUUACUUUUCCAUUGCAUCUUGUUUUAUUAUACCAACCAGAUAACUGGUUGAGGUGUCAAAACUGAGUUUAUUUAAUGAAAAAGAGGUGUGAGUUGGAGGAAAAAUGGGUAUAUGGAUGUAUUGUACAAUGCAGGGUUGGCACAUAACUUUUGUACCUUCUCUGUUUGUUGUCACUGUAUGCCAAUUCCAACACCACCACCUCUUUUCUUCAAGUAACUCACUUUUUAGCCAGUCCUGAGAGUGGCAAUGGUCAUGACACAGAGGUUGAUACAGCCCUUCAUCCCUCUGUCUACCACUGACAAAAGGUUGAUGUGAGGUCUCAAUAGUGGUUGAUGCAGCUUAGAAGUGGGGAAGAGGGAACAGAGAACAAUUGUGUUGAUUAUUUGUGUCUAAAGAGGACCAAAGCAGUAGAAAAGCAGAGUUUUAGGCUUUCUUCCAACACCAAAUAGCAAGGCCAAAAUUUUUCCAUUUCUUUUGAGUUCAUCAUCUCAGGAAAACCCUUGUAAGGUACUAUAAUCAAGGAAUACUGGAUGCAGCUGCAUUAGUAUUUUAAUUUUGAUCAGGACUGUAUUUUUUAAGCAAGUGUUAUCAUCAUGUUUUUUCAUGGUUACCCUACCAUGCUUUAAUUUGCAUCACAGAGCAGUUUUGGGGUGUCCAAAUUGAAUUCCUUUGUUUUGAAAAUAAGCCAGACAUAUGUUCUGCAGAUUCCUGCCUAACGCAGUCCAGUUGUCCUCACUGAUGUUCUGUCCUUGGGAUCAAAUCAGAGCCAGACCAAAGUAGAGCCCUUUGAGCUGUGUACAGCGUAGAUGCCAGGUUCUUGCCACCAGGUGUUUCAGUCUAUUAACCUGUUCCAGUUGGUUUGAAAUAGUUGGUAGUGUGGACAUCACCAAUCUAGAGAGCCUCCAAAAGAAGAGCUACCAUCCUCUCUCAGUAGCUGGAGAUGACAGCAUGCAGAAUUCAAGGACCACUGAACUCAUAGAAGAAAUCUUGACUAAAAGAGCAUUUCAGCCUACCGAGCAUCACUGAUUUGAGAGCAGCUGACAUCAGUGAUAUUGCCUGCUCCAGAGACAACUGAAGUAGAUGUAGAUGGAGGAAUUGAACGAGACAUCUUCGACAUCAAUGAAGCUUUAGGACUAGACCUUUUUGAGGGAGACAUCAAACUUCACGGGGAACGAAACUCCAUCAUUGGUGACAACUAUCGGUGGCCCCAUGUUAUUCCCUAUGUCCUCGAGGACAGUCUGGAAAUGAAUGCUAAGGGGCUCAUCCUCAAGGCAUUUGAACAGUAUCGACUGAAAACCUGUAUUGAUUUUAAACCUUGGGAAGGGGAGAAGAAUUACAUAUCUGUGUUCAAAGGAAGUGGCUGCUGGUCCUCAGUGGGAAACAUGCAAAUGGGGUUGCAGCAGCUCUCCAUCGGAACCAACUGUGACAGAAUUGGGACAAUCCAGCAUGAGUUCCUGCACGCCCUGGGAUUCUGGCAUGAGCAGUCACGGUCUGACCGGGAUGACUAUGUGACCAUUGUCUGGGACAGGAUUCAGUCUGGUAAAGAGCACAAUUUCAAUAAAUAUGAUGAUAAAACAUCAGACUUCCUGAAUGUUCCCUAUGACUAUAAUUCUGUGAUGCACUAUAGCAAAACUGCAUUCAGGAAUGGAACUGAAUCCACCAUCAUCACUAACAUACCAGACUUCAUGGAUGUUAUAGGACAGAGAAUGGAUUUCAGUGAUUAUGAUCUCCAGAAACUGAACCAGCUGUACAAUUGCUCCUCCUCACUAAGUUUCAUGGACACAUGCAGUUUUGAACUUGAAAAUAUUUGUGGCAUGAUUCAAAGUUCAGAUGAUAACAGUGAUUGGCAGCGUUUGUCUCAGGUUCCUACUGGGCCAAAUACUGAUCACACUAAUAUGGGACAAUGCAAAGAUUCUGGCUACUUCAUGCAUUUCAACACCAGUGCUGGAGAAGAAGGAAGCACAGCUCUCCUGGAGAGCCGAAUUUUUUAUCCCAAAAGGGGCUUUCAGUGCUUACAAUUCUAUUUAUACAACAGUGGUCAUGAAAGCGACCGGUUGUAUGUCUUCGUCAGGGAGUACACUUCAGCCCAUCCCAACGGCACUUUGAGAUUCAUUGAAGAGAUAAAAGGUUCACCUGAGACUUACUGGCAGCUCCAUCACGUUUCUUUGAAUGUCACGAGUAAAUUCCGGGUUGUGUUUCAAGGCGUGAGAGGAAGUGGCUUAUCAAAUGGAGGCCUCUCUAUUGACGACAUCAACUUGUCAGAAACUCAGUGUCCCCACCAUGUCUGGCAUAUCAGAAAUUUCACACACCUCCUCAACACAAGUCCAGCAGGGGCAGAAGGAAGAAUACACAGUCCACCUUUUUACUCUAGUAAAGGAUAUGCUUUCCAGGUCAGCUUGUAUGUAAAUGGCACCACUGAUAACCCAUUUAAUUUAGGAAUAUACUUGUCCUUGAUAUCUGGAGCAAAUGAUGAUCAUUUGCAAUGGCCCUGUGCAUGGCAGCAAGGUACCAUGAUUCUGCUCGACCAGCAUCCUGAUAUUCGUCAACGGAUGUCAAACCAAAGGAGUAUAACAACGGACCCCCAGGAAUUAUCAGAUUCCUCAUCAAAUUUUUUUUGGGAUAGGCCAGAUAUAGUGGGAUCCCCAGAAACUUUUCCCAAUGGAACUGAGUUCAUGAGAGGUCCAGGACUUGGAACAGCAACAUUUUUAACUCAUGAGAGACUUAGAAGCCGCAACUUUAUUAAAGAAGAUGGUGUCUAUAUUCUUUUAACAAUGGAAGAUAUAUCACAUCUACUGUCAACUGAGCCGAGUGUUUCACCCACUGUUGUUACUAGUACAACAAGUGCCAGCACUGUCAAACCUGACUCCAGCCCUGCUCCCACCACCAAGCCAGGCACCAACACUGAGCCCACGGCCCCGGAAGAGCCAGAGGGCCCGUCUUUCUGUCCAGAUAACCCUUGUGAAAACGGUGGUGUCUGUGUCAUGGUAGAUAGAGCAUCAGUGUGCAGAUGUCCAGUAGGUGACGACUGGUGGUACAUGGGAGAAAAGUGUGAAAGGAAAGGCACAGCUCAAGAAAAUAUUGUAAUAGCUGUUUCUUCAACCGUAGCUGUAUUUGUUGUAAUGCUUAUUGUCACUAUCACAACUGCAGUGUGCCUUAAAAAGAAAUACAGAAAAGGAAAGGAAAACAAGGAGAGCUUGACUCUGGAAGAAACUAAAACAUCCUUCUGAAGAUAAUGCAAAUAAGCAUCAAAGACACAAGAUGAACAUCACUGCAAAACCACAACUUCGUCAUCUUUCUUUCUGCUCCUUUUAUCUCAACCAUCACGAUAAAGGUUUGUAAAGUCUGGAAAAUAAUUAAUCAUCUGGAUAAAAUACUGUUUUUAAGUCAAUGAAGUGUCUGACAGUGUUGUGUAUCAUCAUGCAAUGGAGAAAAAAGGAACUAUGUUUUGUAACGCGCCUGCCCAGUCCUUCAAGUCUAUCCUUCAAGUCUAUCAUUUUCUUCUAUCAUGAAGAAAAUGUAUAGAACUGCAUCCUGACUUUGAAUCAGCACAGCAAAGUCUAGGUUUGUGGUAUUAUCAUUAUACAGAUGUUUAUAA